ACAUACUUGACCGACAAUCAUACUCAAUACUUGUGUGCAAUUUAUGGCUAAAAUUGAAUUCCAUCAUCUAUUUAUCAUCCACUAUCUCUCCAUUAUCUGUGCUUUAUGCUCCACUCUCUCGGCCUCCCCUCCUCCUCUCGCUGGCAUUAAGUUCAAACUUGACACUGAUGUUGACUCACUUUGUCACCCCUCGGUGGCUCUCUCUCUCUCUCUCUCUCUCUCUCUCCCCUCUCUCUCUCUCCAUCCUCCAUCGCUUGGAGGACAAGAGUGCCCGCAGACGCAUUUCUCUCCAGAGCCCCCCUCUCCCUCUUUCACUCUCUCUCACCCUGUCUAACUCUCUCCAUCUCUCUCCACUCUCUCCUUUACACACACACAUUAUUGUCAACAAAGCUGGAGAACAAGGGACGUGGGGGGAACAGGGGAAUAAAGGUCCACAGAAGAGGAGAGUAACACACGGGACCCCCGCAUCAUUUCACCUGGAGAAUCGAGAGGAGCGAAAGGUGACAGUAAGCAGGGGGCAGAUACACACAGGACAGGACUCCUUUAUUUCUCUUCAUGGUGUUUUGGACACUCGUAGUAUGUAUGAGAAGUUAACCAUGCUGAACCUGCAGAGCGGCUCAAACUGGAGCGGGCCUAACAACUGGUACCAUGACCCCACCGGAGUCCAGACACAACACAGCACAGUGUCUGAGGGCUGUCUGCUGGACACGGAGGGCAGCAUGGGGGGAGAGGCAGGGGGAGGAGGAGCGGGCAGAGGGGGAGGAGUCCCCGUGGAGCGGGACGAGGGCGAGGAGUCUCAGCUGAGGCUGCAGCUCAAGAGGAAGCUGCAGAGGAACAGGACCAGCUUCACACAGGAGCAGAUCGAGGCUCUGGAGAAAGAGUUUGAAAGGACACAUUACCCAGAUGUCUUUGCGAGGGAGAGAUUGGCAAACAAGAUUGAUUUGCCAGAGGCCAGGAUACAGGUGUGGUUCUCAAAUCGAAGAGCCAAGUGGAGGAGGGAGGAGAAGCUGCGCAACCAAAGGAGGUCAGGGGGUGUGACUUCCUGUUCACAGAGCCAAGCCCCUCUGACAACUUCCUUCAACACAUCUGUCUAUCAUCAGCAGCACGGCAGCAGUUCAGGGUCCAUGUUGAGUCAGGCUGAGUCGUCCCUGCCGAGCUACAGCUCCCUGUCAGUUUUCUCAUCUGGAGUCCAGUCUAUUUCUCCCCAGUCGGCUUCCUCAUACUCCUGCAUGUUACCUCCCUCCCCCUCUGCCCCGCGCAGCUUUGACUCAUCGGCGUACUCCUCCCCUCAUCUGCAGACUCCACCCUCAGCCAACUCCAACACCGGGCUCAUAUCGCCUGGCGUGUCAGUGCCAGUCCAGGUCCCAGGGACUGAGCAGCAGAGCAUGAGUCAGAACCUGGGUCAGUACUGGGCCAGAUUACAGUGAGCAACAGACAGUCACUUCCAACAGGCAGAACUAAAGAAGAAGGAAAAAAAGGGCAUGUAAAAAAAAAAAAAAAAAAGAAGUGUCAAGAAAACAAUAUGGGGGACACACAGGUUUAAAGGGAGCACAGGUCUGAGAUAAAGAGGGGCCUCGAUGAGUUGCAGACCCCGAAAUGCAUUAAAUGUUUACAAAUUCAGCCAAGAGCAGCUUUGGUUGCACCUGACGGUACUUUGGUCAUACUGGUAUUUGCUUAGUAUUAACAGGUUGUUUUUUUAAUAGUGUGUUAAUCAUAGGGCUGUGGUCAGGAUUAGAAAUAGGAUCAGUUUUAGGCUGUGUUUAAGAUAAUAGAGUCAGGAUUAGGAUCAGGCAAAAUGUGGGGUUUAGUUUACACUGUAGAAGUGCUACAAGUGACACUUUGUGCUAUUUGAGAAUUAGCAUAAAGUUUUACCAUAUUUUAUUGUGUCAAACAUUUCGGUUUUAUACAAAACUACAGAAAAAGGCUGGACACCUGCUUCAACCUCUAAAUGAAGCGUGAGACGUGGAUAAAAGCUAAGAAAAGCCAGUAAGUGGCCUUUUGAGCUGAGACUAUUUUGUUACACGUUUUAACAAAUUGAAUCCAGAGGUGGCAGGAGACUGAGGUUUGAAUUUUAAAUGGUUCAGAAGAUUGACCCGACAAACUCUCAGCCCAUGAACGGAAGAUAUACCGAAAUGUCUCUGAAGUUUAUAUUAAAAAGUUAAUUAAAAAAGUGUUUUGUGAAAUGUAGCCUUGAAAUGUUCAAGUAUCAAAAGUGGCGAAUGGCAAGAUCUGAACUACAACUCCACCAAUGCCGAAAUGAUUCAGUGGUACUAAGUAAAUGCCAGCAGAUGUCUGUAUUGUGAGGUGUAACCACAGUUUCUUGUUACUUGAGCAGCUCAAUGAUAUUGUGAUAGCUAACUUGUUCCCUGAGCAUAAGCUGUGUGAGGCUACUGUGAACUUUAGACUUGCUUAUGGCAAUCACUUUUACUAAAACUGAAAAACUUACCAUAAAAAAAAAAGUGUAAAUCCUGCCUAUUCCUGCCAGCAAAAUUACACUGAGACUGAAACUGCAUAUUUUUGUACAGACAUCUGUGUAUGAUGAAGAUAACUGUGGAAAUAUUGUCAGAUGUUAUUGGAGGGAAGAAUGUAGCACGUUGUGGACUCAAAUCACCCUCAAAGCACAAGUUUCAUUUGUCAUAAAAACAUUAAUAGGAAUGCACCAUAUCACUAUUGGUAUCAGAUAUUGUCUGGUACCAGGCUGAACAUACAAAUAUUACAGAUUAUGUACAGGUAUUACAGAUUGUUGCCAAAAAUUACAGUUAAGCAAUUUCAUUUUUUUCUAUUUCAUAAAGACAAGGAUGUUGUUUUUUAUCAGAGGUAUCAAAAAACGAACAAUCGAAUUCAAUUAGAGCCCCUUUUUGCCUAGUGCCCAUCAUCAAUCACAGCAGUAUGAGCAGUGAUCACGGAUGAAUCAUAUCCAUCAGCCAGUGACAAUCAAGCAUUGUAACGCACCAAACAAAAAGACUUGAGAGACUGACAAUCAAAGCUGGAGGUAGAGGAGAUCAAAAUGAAAAAAAAAACUGUGAAAUUAUUGCAACACUGUGGAUACAAUAGCAAUGACUUUAUCAACUGUGCAUGACCAAAAUAAGCCGCUAUAGACAAUCAACUAUUUGCAGAAAAAACUGUUACUGUACUUUGCAGGGUUUUAACCUCUGCUCACUUUCCUCUGACUAUUGGUUUUGUUGAUGCAUCUCAGUUCGAUCUCAUAUGAAAUGUCUUUCAACUCUUAUUUAUUUGUCUUUUCACUUGUUCACAUAAGUCCUCUGUGUUGUUUCUGUUGUUGCUGUGUGUUGUGUUAGUACUGUAUAGCUACCAAGAGUCAACCCUUUUGUGAAGGCCUUGGAUCCCUUUAAUGAAAAAUAAAACUGUGUGUAAUGAAUAUAAAUUCAAAAGUUCUUUAUUUGUGAUGUCAUAUUACA